CAUCAUUGCCUAUCCAGGCCUAGCGCUGGGGUCGAACGAGUCCUCAGGCAUCAACAAUUCUUCUCACACCCGCAUUUCUUCUUCUCCACGAAGCUUGGGAUAUUAAUCUUAAGUUACUACGAUCAGCUCUCCAGCAUUUUUUUUUUUCAGAAGAAAGUGCAAUGUCCUCUACAACCCCCGAUAACAGCCAGCAACCACCUACAGUCAUGGCCUCCUCUCCAGCACGAACCACUACUCUCCUCUCCAACAUCUCAGCGGUUACAUCCCGUGUCACCGCCGCCGCCGCAUCAACAGCAACCCCCAAACCCAUCCGUCUUAUCGCUGUCUCUAAACUCAAACCAGCUUCGGACGUCCUCUCCCUGCACAACCCCCCCACCUCCCACCUCCACUUUGGCGAAAACUACCUCCAAGAACUCAUCGAGAAGUCCCGUCUCCUCCCUACCGCUAUCCGGUGGCACUUCAUCGGCGGUCUCCAGUCCAACAAGUGCGUGAAUUUGGCCCGCGACGUGCGCGGGCUGUGGGCCGUUGAGAGCGUCGACUCAGAAAAGAAAGCCAAUCUCCUCAAUAAGGGGUGGAGUGACCGGUCGGCCGAUGUUCGCGCGGGGGAUCACGACUCUAUCCUUCGUGUUUUCGUACAGGUAAAUACUUCUGGCGAGGAGAAUAAGUCCGGUAUCGAGCCUAGCGCGGCACCGGGGCUCUGUCGGUUUAUCCGCGAGAAGUGUCCCCGGUUGAAGCUGCAGGGUGUCAUGACUAUCGGUGCCAUUGCGCGGUCCAAGGAGACUACCCCCGAGAAUGAAAAUGAGGAUUUUAUCUGCCUGCGGGAGACGCGCGAUCGCAUCGUCACCGAGUUAGGGUUGCAGGGGCCCGAGGCCGAGUUGGAGCUGAGCAUGGGAAUGAGUGAAGACUUUGAGGGUGCUAUUGCGCUGGGUAGUGAUCAGGUCCGUGUGGGCACAACAAUCUUUGGGGAGAGACCGCCCAAAUCAGAGGCACGGGUUGUUUAGGUUAAGCUGGGCUGGGAUACUGUAGGAUUAUGAAGUUCACGACCAUUGCAUUAUAUGACUGGUACAAGGGAAGAAGCUUGCAGGCAUGGGAGACAGGAUACCAUAGCACAGGAAUCACAGAAGUGCAUUGUAUAGUUACAGAGCAAAAGCAUUCCACAAUUC